AUGUCUUCCAGCGCCAACAGAAAGAAGACUGCUUCCAACGCCGCCAACACCAGGGCCACUCCCAACGCCGCCAACGCCAAGACCGCUUCCAACGCCAGCAACAGCGAGACCACUGCCCGAACUGAGCUUGAAAUCGCCAAGAGCGAAUACGGCAAGUCUCUCGAAGACAUCGGCAGCGGUAAUGAUCCAACCCACGUCUCGCAAGGAACAUAGCUGACUCGUGACUAGCCUACAACUCUCUCGAGGAGCGCAUGCACGCGGUUGAGAAUUCUUUGCCAUCCAAGGUUCAGCAUCUCGAGCAGGUGAUGAAGCCUUACGAAGAGCACAAGAGGGCCACCCAGGACGCUCUCAAGAAGAUCUAUGAUCUGACCCAGAAGCUCCCCAGAGCCGAGGGCAAUGCCGAGCUCGACGAGCUCAAGAAGAAAGUCGACGGGCUUGUGGCAUCAGACGCCAAGAGAGCCCUCGCCAUCGCCGACAUGAAGCGGCUGCAUCAGGCCUCUAGUAGUCAGGCUGAAUAUUGGGCCAGGGAGCACAGCAAGACUCAGGCUUCCCGUCCUGACAACGAGGCAACUAGCACUCAGCUUUGGCGCCUCACGAAGAGAGUCGAGGCUCUGGAAGGCGGCGAAGCACUAUCACGAAAUUCGGCAGCAGAGAAUCUGACCACCGCAGAGCUCGUAGAUGCUCUGUUCGACCGCAUUGAGAACGACGAAGGCCUGGACCGAGCCACAGUCAGCCGCCUGCGCUCUCUGACCGCCGGUCUCACCACCAGUCUCACCUCUGGUGGCGCGAAAGGUGGCCUUUCUCAGUCUACUCGCGCCCCGUACACACCUUCCUCGGAGUCCGAGCGCACCGUGCAGACUCUCGACGAGACUGCCCAGGAGUCGAUCAGGCAGAUGAGAGCUCUGAGCGCCGGGCAGCGCAAGCAGAAGGCAGCCGCUGCCGAAGCAAACGACAGCCCAGCCCAGCGCCUCCGUAUCCGCAAGGAGCCCGACGUCAACGAUGAGAGCAACCAGAUUCGCGACGGCUCAGCUAAGCGCGCUCGCUCCAACCAUCAAGCUGAAGCUCAAGACCAGAACAACACGGGCUAUACCGUCGACGCCAACGACAUGCCAUCGAGACGCACUCGCGCCAGCAAGCAAGCCGAGAUCCCCCGGCAAGCCGACUUUCCCGGCAUGGUUCAGGCGGAUUCCACGCCGGGUUACCCGACCAACUUCAACCACAUCCGCACGAGCAAUAACGACCGAGGCCAGCAGCCGCUCGCCAUGCCGUCCAUGCCACCCAGCGGCAAGCGUAAGCGCGACGAUGACGCCGACGCCGACGCCGAGCCAGAAGACGAAGCAGACCAGCCAUCUCAGCCAAAGCGCGCCAAGAAGCCCCUCACGGGCCGUCGUGCAGAGACGAGCAGCAGGCAGGCGUCCAUGAACAACGCCGCCGCGGCUGGUGGCGCUCAGCGCGCCAACGAAGUUGACGAGGGCACCGACGACGACGAAGCUGAUGAUGAGCAUGAUGGCACGCAGCCCCGUCGCACCUCGCGCGCUCCCAAGCCGACUCGGCGUAGCGAGCAAUUCAUGUCCUGGCUCGAGGUCAAGAACCGCAACAAGAAGUAG